UAACAGAUAUUGGUUGAGUUUUUAAUUUUCAAAUUAGGAUUUUGUUUGGGCUUAGGUUGUUUGGAUUGUAAGAAAGUGAAAGAAAAUAAAAAGGAAAGUAGUUUGUUAAUUUUAAUAUUUUUAAUUUAUUAAUUUUGUUAUUUUAUUUAAUUAAUUUAAUUUAAUAUUUUAAUUUUUAAUUUUUUUAAAAUGAAUAUCAGUUUAUAAAUGGCUUUUGUACAUAUUGUAAAUGAGAAGUUGAUGUGGUAUGUGAGAAUGACAUGGACAUGCCACAUCAUAUUUCCGUCUGUCUCUUUAACGAAGACUAAUAGAAAUUCUUUUAUUGAUACUCCAAUUAAAGUCUAGGGAUUUAGUGAUACAAAUUAAAAUUGAUUUAGUGAUACAAAUUAAAAUUUAAGGAUUUUUGUGAUACUAUGCCUAAAUUUGAGGCCCAACUUGUCAGGCAACUUUCUAUACUUAGAAAAAAAAAAAAAAAAACCACCUUUUGGGAGGCAAAUUGGCAGUUUUAGCCGCUUAUGAAAGAAAUCAUAUUCAAAUAGAAAUCGAGUUCAGUUAAAAUUGAAUUAUAAUCCUUUUAAUAAGUAGGAAUACUUCUAACGGUUAGUAUGAAGAUUUGAGAUUUAGCCACAGUUCUACAGGCAGAGAUCUUUAAAUCUGUAUCUGUUCUUAUGGUUCGCUAUAACCAAGACCCGUAAGAAGCCAACAAUCAUUUGCCUUCCGUAGAUGAAUUCCACAAGAAACAGCUCUGCUACUAAGCCAAACAACGGCCGAAUGGGUAGCUGUAACAGUCAUCGAAAAGGUGCUUUGCUUGUUGACAAAGAUGGCAACGAGAGUUUUCGAAGCAACCCUCAAUUGCUCGAGGACUGUUUGAUUCGAAUAUCUAAUCAGAAAGCCAAAUCCGGCAAGGACGAAGCACUGUCGGCCAUUGUUGAGGCACUAACAAUGGAGGUCAAGGUUGAUUUUGUGAAGAAAAAUUUUGCUACAUUAUUGUAUCAUUGCCUGUUCUUUGUCAAGAAAGGUAAAGGGUCUAUUAGAGAAUUGGUAUUAUUAGCAUUACAGACCGUUGGUUUGUUGGUUAUGAUUGUUGAAGAUGAAGACAGUGCACAUGAGAUAUAUCAGGAUUCGGUUCCUGUGCUUUCUCAGGUUCUUGAAUCUGGUUCCAAGAAUAAGAAUGAUAGUUUGAAGAUUCUGAAUUGUUUGAGUAUUGUUGGGUUCUUUGGGAGUUAUGAUACAGGUGAGUUGCAAGAGGUUAUGAACAUCAUAUGGAGGUUUCUUGAAGUAUCAUGUAGUUCUGAUGUUAAAGCAGUUGCUGCUGCUGCAAUUUCUGCUUGGUCUUUUCUUCUUUCUACUAUGGAAGCUUGGCAUAUAAAUCAAAAAGAUUGGCAAGGUGCACUUUCUUUCUUGUUGAAUAUACUAGAGCAUGAUGAUGAUGAGUCUUUUUGUUGUGUUCAUGUAGCAGCUGCUGAGGCAUUGGCUUUGAUAUUUGAGAUAAAUUGCAUUGAGAAAUUCUCAACUGAAGCGAAGGCCAAUACUGAUAGUGAUAGUAUUAAACAAAUUCUGAAGGAUAAAAUAACAGAGAAACUAAGAUGUGAAAAGGCAGGAAUUGAUGAUGUUUUGGAGUUUUUUGAGAAGGGGAAAUUCUUGAAAACUAAUGAAAAGAUUGGUAAAGAUAAAGUGGUAUUAUCAGCAUGGUGCCAGAGAAUACAGCUCAACUUUAUGAUAAGAUUUCUUGGAGAAGAUGGGUUUGUGAGACAUAUGAGACAGAAUGAAAAUUUGCAAGCAAUUUUUGAGUUUACACCAAAAAAGAAGAAUGUCACAGGCAAUACAGCAGUAGUAUCACCAGAAAGAGAAGAGGUUACUGUUAGCUUCUUUAUUCCUAAAGUUGAAAGAAAGGAUGAUGGUUCUCUAUUACCUUUCACAACUAAAAAGGCGAAGGAGACGGUGGAUAGAGUGACUGGCAAAGGUCCUAACUCUUCCUUGAACAAGUUUAGGACUCGCUUGCUGAACAAGAAGAGGAUGCUAUCACAAGGGGAAAAACAUCAGUUGCAUGAUGAAUUAAUUGAUGAUAAAUGAUGCAACUCUAAGUUUAUAGAUACAUAAGUUGCAUUUGGCUUAACAGGGUCCUGAUAAGAUUGAAUCUGUGACUAACAAACCUGAUUAUUAUUGAUUGAUAUGUUGAUCUUCAGGUAUUCUCCUCUUUGAUAUCAUUUCUUAUAUAUUCAUUGCUUA